CGGAUUAUAGAAUAGGCUAUAACCAUUCAUCCAUCUAACCAUGCAUCCAUCCUUUUUAUUACAUUAUUAUAAUCAGUGCCGUAGGUAGGUGUUAAAUAUAGGUGUCAAUAGCCUACUGCUCGGGUGAUUCACCGGCAGUAAAUGAAACGUAACCUAUCAUCUUAGCUUGCAUGAAAAGGGAAGUUAGCUGCUUUUGCUUUCGAUGUGCACUAAUAUAAGGCGCCCAUGACUAAGACGCGGCAGUCCUGAACAUGUGCACCAUGCUCUCAGCCAUCCUCCUGCUCGCACUGGCUGCCUUCCCCGGCCAUGCGGACUGCAGCGCGCCGGCGGCCGACUCCACGUGCGGCGAGAAAGCGGUCCUAAGGUGCGGCGCUCCGGCGGAGCCCGGCGUCCAGUACAGGCACCUGACAUGGUACAAGAUUACGGACGAUCCGCAGUCAUCGCGCAAGGGUCUCAUCAGCAGGAACCUGUGGUCCAACUCCACCAAAACCUACAGCCAGCUGGAGCGGCCCGUGUUUUUACGCGAAGAUUCCUCCGACCUCGUCAUUUUUAACACAACCGCGCAAGACAGUGGGCAUUACUGCUGCCUCUUAAGCGCCCCUGUGGGACACAAGAAUCAGGAGGCCUUUAUCCGCCUCAAGGUAUCCGGCUGCCUCGAAGAACAGGCGGGGUCUGAGGGACUGUGGUUAGAAAUUAUCCUCUUCCUGGCUGUGGCUCUGUCACUGGUGAUAUGUUUUAUUUGCUGGGUGUGUCUGAGGAACCUGUCGGUUCUGCGUGAAAGUAGGAAGCAGGGUCCCAGUGAGAAGAAAAACCUGAGGCUGAUAUACUCCCCCAGCUCAAAAGGUCCCUCCUACCAGCACGUGUGCGUGUGAUUCCUUCAGAGCCAGUCCUGGGUCUCCACACUGAACGUCCUAAGGGCCGGGUCGGGCUGGCCCAAUGAAGAGGACCCGCGCAGGCACCCUACAGGAUGCUGGGUCUCGUUUGGAUCAGUCACACCGUGACUGUGAGCCACAUGGUGCUAGCAAACGGCAUUACGGAACGGAAAAUGAGGCAGCAUCGCAUGAAGCUCGACGCUCAUCAGAACGGCGGUAGAUGUUCAAGCUCGUGCUGAAACACUAGAAGAUGUAGCUGCUUUACUUUGAUAGUGACUCAUGCAGGUCUUUUGUAUCGCUUUUGAAUAUUAGUUCUCAAUUUUUGGAUUUCUUUACUAUUUGUCACUUAUUCCUUUUUAAAUCUUCAUUGCUUUACUGUGACGAUCCCGACACGAUCGGGUUUCAGAGGGGGGAAGCUGGACCUUUACAAGUAAACCAGACUACAGACAACAUCUAGCCGUGCGAGGAAUUCAGAGGCUGUCAUCCACUGAGGAGUCACUAAACUCGCCACUUCGAAAUUAAACCUGCAGUCCAAAUGUGUGACAUCUUCAGACAGUGGGAUAUUCCACUGUGUUACUGGUACUGAGUAAUUCGCGACAGAACCAUCAACCAUGGUCCACUCAUCCGUCAAAUGACUGGAAUAUGUAAGAAUCCACGUGCUAUAGUCGCAGUUAAAUCUGCAGCCAUCCAGUAUGGUAGCCGUAGAUACAGGAUAUGCAUAAACCAAAGACAAUGCAUCAUAAUUUGGAAGCCAGAUUUAUGACUUAAAAGGUACAGCAUGGAAAGAAUGGAUGCAAUGAGGAUAUGGGCACGAAAUGCGAGGCACGGCCGACCACAUGGCAGAAGGCUCCAUCUGUUUCUGUACGGGGCACUGCAUUGAUAUUUCUAGAACGUUCUUUGCUCCAUUUUGCACCAUCAGAAUCUUCCCUUCUGUCUGUUCUUGCACCCAUCUUCCAACUGUCUGUUCUGGGCCUAGAGGGUCCUGGAGUGACUCAGAGAAAGAACAGGGAACAAGCCGGCGGUACCAGAGGAGAACGUGCCAACUCCCAACCAGAGCAGAGGCAGGAGUCCAAUGCUUUCUGCAUGUCCUGUCUGCCCUCGGUACCUGCAGGGAUUGGUGCCGGAACCCCCGACAGAUACCAAAAUCCUCGGAUUCUCAAGACUCUUGUAUGAAAUGUAAUGGUAUUUGCAUAUAAACUACACUCAUCCUCCUGCAUACUCAAAAUAAUCUCCAGAUUACUUAAGUACCUAAUACACUGUAAGUGCCGUGUAAAUAUCGAUACCACUUUACAAUAAGGCUCCAUUUUGCCACUUGUAAAUGGUAGUAACUCAUUAAUAAGAAGAAAAGUGUGUUAUAUCUUGUUUAAAAUUGUCUAUUAAUGAUUUACAAAGUGUUACAACCUAAUAAAUAACCAGAUUAUAAACCAUUCAUAAACCCUCUAUAUGGGUAGCCUUAUUGUAAAGUGGAACCUAAAUAUUUGUUACAUUGUGUUCUGUUUUGUACAUGUUCAGUACAGAGAGUAUAUAGGAGUUUAUGUCCCACACAUUUCAUUCACAUGUAGGACUUGGUGACCUUUUUUGCUUUUUGGUCCUUUUUUUGUUAAAUGUUUUGGACCCACAGUUGGUUGAAUCCUUGGAUGUGGAUUUUGAGGGCUGAUAUUUCUGUAUUUCUGUCUCGUAACAUGUAACCACACACCUUAAGUAUGUUCAAAGCCUGUCCAGUAUUCUUAUCAAUAUUAGUUGAUGUCGCUUCACAAUAACACUGUACCUACCAAUGAUGUGUUGAGUGGAUUUCUGUGGUAGUACAUUUCAAUCUGAAUAAAUGCAUCUGCAGAGUGAGACAUGUGACAUGAA